AUGCUGGAACACAUCCCCAAAACGAAGGACGAGUUGCUUCAGGAGAUGGAUGUGCUGGCAGCUUCGCUGACGGGCGGUUUAGACUCUGCGCCCGGUGAAGACCGGGCAGAGGGCGAUCCCGAAGCGGAGGCACCCAUGCUCUUGCAGGAGUUGCGGCACCUCUUGCCAGCUUCGUGCUCCUUCACGUCCCAGCGCUGUGAUGCUGAGUGUUGGAUGUAG